ACUCGACCGCAUAUUCGACUCGCCGAGAACUUGCUGUGCACUCCACAAGUGCGUGCCGCGGGCCAAACUUUCUUCACGAUGGUUUCAGCGAAGUAGUCCAGUUGUGCGAGUGUUGCUGUCUCGAUAAAAUUAAGUUCGAAAGCUAUACAAGUGACCGAGUGACCGUAAAAAUGUGGAACUACUGCACAAAUCGUCGGUUUUUUGUGAUCUGCCUCUAACACUGGUCGUGAAGAUACUUUUCUCAACAGACAAAAAUCAUGCCGCUGUUCGCACUCAUUUCAUUGUUAAGUAUUGUACAGAUUGGUAGUUCAAAUGAAAUUCUUGGCAAAAUUAUUUUUGCUAACAUUCUUUUUCGACAUGGAGAUAGAACACCUGUUGAACCAUAUCCUAAUGAUCCAUACAAGAACGAAAGUUUAUGGCCAGUACCAUUUGGUCAGCUAACUAAUCUUGGAAAACAUCAGCAUUUGAUUUUGGGUAAAUGGCUUCGCAAUCGCUAUUCUCAUAUACUUCCAUUAAAGUAUUCGCUAUAUGACAUCUAUGUAAUUAGCACUGACGUAGAUAGAACUUUAAUGUCAGCAGAGGCAAACUUAGCUGGUUUAUAUCCACCUAUUGGAGGAGAAAUUUGGGAUAUUAAAAAAUGGAUGCCAAUACCAGUGCAUACUAUUCCAGAAAAUGAAGACCAUAUCCUUGCUGGAAAAAAAUAUUGCGAUAAAUAUGCUUAUGAAUUACAAAGAGUAUUAACUUCUCCCGAAAUGAAGAAGAUUGAUGAAGAUAACGCAGAGUUGUAUAAAUAUUUGAGUCAAGUAACAGGAAAGAGUAUAUCUUCUUUAGAAACCAUUGAAUACCUAUACAAUACUUUAUACAUUGAGGAACUAUAUAAUAAAACUUUGCCUGCAUGGACAGAAAAUGUAUAUCCAGAUAAAAUGAAAUCUUUAGCAUCCAAGAGUUUUACAAUUCAAGCUUACAAUAAAAUCCUUCAAAGAUUAAAAAUGGGUCCUUUGCUAAAAGAUAUGAUUGAGCAUAUGAAGCUGAAGUCCAAACAUGCUCUUAUUCCUAAUAGAAAAUUAUGGAUUUACAGUGCUCAUGAUGAUACUAUAGCUAACAUGAUGAUGACUUUAGGUGUAUUUGAACCUCACUGUCCUCCUUAUGCAGCAGUACUAUUAAUAGAAUUAAGACUUAACAAUCAAAAUAACUAUGUAGUCACAAUAUUUUAUAAAAAUUCCACUGGAGAGCCCACCCUAUUAACACUUCCUGGUUGUUUGGGUGCUUGCCCUCUGAAUCAAUUUAUUAAAUUAACAAAAGAUGUUAUUCCUGAUAACUGGGACAGAGAAUGUCUUUUGGCAUUUGAAAACUAUAAUUUUAGUAAUAAUACUAUUGCUAUAAUAGCAAUUUUGAUGUUGUCAGUACUGACGUUUAUUAUUUUGAUGGUAAUGAUCGUUGCAUUUUUUUUCUGGCAUUACAAAAGAGAACAUGAAAAGUAUUAUGCUCGGCUGUCAAUGGAUGCAUAAAAAUGCUUUCAUAUUUGACAUGGUUAGUCAAUGGAUCUUGGCAUUUAUUGUCUCGAAUUCAAAUUGCAUUUACUAAGAUUUGAAUACAAGAAAUUGUCAUGUGAUAAAAAACAAUGUCAUAAGUACAUUGACUGACUGAACACAGCGUAAAUGUUACCUAUUUUGUGUACAAGUUAUGUAAUGAGUUAUAUUUGUAACAAUUAUUGAAACUUUUAAUAUAGAUUGUAAGUAGCAUGAAAAUUAUUUAACUAUAUUUUAGAUAAAUGAAAUAUAACAAACAAUUGAUUCAAAAGAUCAGUUAGUUUAAAAGCUGUUAGAAAAAGAGAAACAAGAUUACACAUCACAUGUGCCAUUAUACAAGACUGAAAAUAUUAAGAAAUAUAAUUGAAAUUUUUAAUGAAAAUAAAACUUUUCUUUAAAAUUUGGAAAAAGAUUUAUUGAAAGUUCCAUGUACUUUGAAAAAACAAAAAAAAAGACUAGCUACUUAUGUGUGUAAAAUCUAUCCUAUUCCUUAGUAUAUGUAUUUACAUGUGAAAAAAUAUGUAUAAAUAUCACACUGAUCAGUACAUUGCUUCUAAAUUAAUAUUGAAUAAACUUCUUGACAGUGAAAUUCUGCAACUAAGAAUAAUAUCGGCACCUACAGAAUAUUAUCUGUCAAUAUCUUGACAGGUAAUAUCUGCAACUUUUUUUUCUUUAAUGUAUGUAAACGAAGGAAAUUAUAUAUUUCAGAAAGAACACUGUGAACAAUGAAUUGAUGUCAUCUAUAUAUUUUGAAACUGUGAUAAAAUAACAUAGAAUUGUAAAAGUAAAACAUAUUGUUUCAGAAAUCACAUUAUAGCAUUCGAUUUUUACAUAAUUAUAAAUUAUAAUUGUAAUAUAGUAUAUUGCUUCCGUAUGAAAAUACGCAUAUUUUUGCACAUGUAUAAAUUUGAUGCGUUACAAUAAAGAUAAAUAUUUGUUAAACUUCAAAGUUAUUUUAUUUAUUUAUUCCUUGCAUAAAGUACAUUUCGAAAUUCAUUUAACCAUGUCUGUGCAUGUGUGUGCGUGUGCGUGUACGUGUGGAUGCACAAUAUUUAAAAUUUAUACAAAAUGCAUCAUUCUUUGAAGCUAAAAACAAUGGGUAGAAACAAAAUUUUUUCAUUCGACACUGGUGAAUUACCAAAGUUGACAGUUCAAUAAAAAGAUCGAACCAUUUUGCAAUUCAAUCUGUUCGGCCAAAAAAAGUUAGAACUCCGUACUUUAGACACCUCUUAGUUAACUAAUUGAAAUAUCUUAGCAAAUAAUAAAUAUAUUCUAUUGCACGACGGAUCAUAUUUUAUAAAAUUGUAAGAGCUUUCUCUUAACAGCACAAAAACAUUAAAAUAUAUUAAUUUUGCAAUAAAUAUGUAAUACCUUAAAAAUGGCCAUUUUCGACAGUUAUUGGUACUUUUUGCAAUAACUAAUGAUCGAAAAUUAUCAUGCAAUAGCUUCAAAUGUAGCUUUUGAAUUUCUCUACAACUUAUAUCUAGACGUUUUUAUCUAAAAUGCAAACCAUGGCUUACAGGCUUCAAAAACAUGUUUUUGCAAACUUUGAUCUCUUCACUUAUUAAGGUCUAGGUAAAACAGGUUAGAUAUCGCCAAUCAAACUUUGCCAUUCAUAGGCAAAUCGAAAAAAAAUACUCGUAUUUUUUUCUAAUUUGCAAUGGUUUAUAAAAAAUUAUUGAAACAAAUUAUGACAAAAGUUGUUAUUUUGAAAAACUAAUGGCAGUAAUUAAUUCUACAGGAAAAAUCACGACUAAAACUUAUGUAUGAAUUUUUUAUAAGAUAUGAACUGUCAUUGUAAAACGGCUAUAGAAAGUAACUCCAUAACUACUUUGUAUAAUACGUUUUUUAUAACUAUUUACACUAAUAAAUGCAACUCUGAUGAAAGUGUUACACAGGUUUUCGUUGUGAUUUUUCUAGUAGAAUCGAUUGCUCUAAUCAGUUUUUCAAAAUAACAAAUUUUGUUUUAAUUUGUUUAAAUAAUUUUUUACAAACAAUCACAAAUGACAAUAGAAAAAACAGAGGUACUU